UUGGCAUUUGCCGGGCUGUUUUAAAGAUCACCUUUUAUCAUUGAUCUUAAAAAAUUUUUUUGAAGAUGCACAGCAGUCACUAAUUGCUAUUGAUGUCACUUCCUUUUCUUGGGUAUUUAUGGGAAUGUGGAUUAUGAGCAUGGUUGCCAUGAGGAAGGUCCCUGCGUGGACCGAAACGUCACGUCGGCUUUUCAUGUAUAUUUGAAUACACUUUGCUUUGUUACACUGAAAUCCUGGUGUUGCUGGUCUUCCUUUGAGUAUCUACAAUUUUUACCUUGCACCCAGGUAACACGUCAUCAGCAGGGUGCUGUCCUAAUGAGGAUAUACUAUACUGGACACAGUUUGACGAGCACCUGCAAUUUUCUUUGAUAUAUUUUAUUUUUUUUUUGUUACAUAAUAUUUUAUUUCAUAGUCUCUGUCCUACAUCCAAGAAUAACAUGGAUAGACAAACACAGCAAGACAUGGAAUACAGACCAUACAUAACGGAAGAGGUUGAUAAAAUUCUGUUUACAGAGACAUUUAAGGACACAUUCGGUGAAUUGGGGGCAAAGGAAACCUAUCAUGAGUUACUGCGACUGAAAAGACGAGAGGUGGAGUUGCACCUACAUGGGGUGUCCCUCUCUGAAUAUUACAGAGAAAAGAGGAUCCCACGCGGCUUUCGGAUUAAUAAUAUGCCGACCAUUGGGCGCAGUAACCAGGAUUUCUGUAAUCGGUGGUGUGCAGCCCUAGAUAGAUGUUCACAUGAGCUGAUAUUGCUGGUAAUUGAAGAGACAGGACGGGAACUGAGGACAGUGCGUGGUGAGAUAAUACAAUUUGAAACAGAUAAUCUAAACACUCUGAGGAUGGACAAGGACGGAGACUGGCUAAAUAAGCUGCAAGAUCAGCUGAUUAAAUACAAAAGUGAGAUACUGGCCUUUAAACGUUCAAAAUAUCUUCGAGUGCAGCAGGAUUACAGAGAGGACGGCGUAUACAGAUGGCGUCAUGGAGGGAGAUCCGGAGUACAGAGGCGCAGAAUGAUGACGCGGCGAGUGAGAAAGCCGCUGGGGUACAUCUCAAGCAGCGCGGAAUCGGAGGAAGAACCUGUGGCAGAGGUGAAUUCCACACAGCAGCCUUUUUUAGGCGGAGAGCAGCCCCAAGGAGCAGGGGCCACAGCAAGCAACGCAGAGGAGGCCGCAAACACAAGCAAAGCAAGAGGACGGGGCAGACCUCCACGCCAGGGGAGCAGAGCACUGCCGAACAGGCGAUUAUAAACCUGUCUGGACAUCAGUUAACGCCACCAGAGGUAAGCGUAUUGACUAAGGGGUUAUCCUAUGUUCCCUCUGUAGUGCCUCAGGACUUUAAUAUUGUUGUGGACAAUUACAAAUUUUCGCGUACAUUGAGACUGCAGGAGCACUUUAAAGGAGCCAGGGGAAGCACAACAAAGGAUAAUAGCAUUACACCCCAAUUUAGAGCCAAAAGUGUCUUUGACCCGAUUAUUAAUAAUGCAUCUUUACGCACAUUUUCGCGCAUGUUGGACGCAGCAGUACCAGAUCUCUUACAACAAUCACGCAAUAGGGGGAACUGUACCAAAGAGGAACGCAUGGCCCUAAGGGGGUUGCGUGAGAAUUCCAAUAUAAUCGUGAAGCCUGCUGACAAGGGAGGUGCAGUAGUUGUUCUUGACUACGAGUAUUACAGAACUGAAAUAUUGGGGCAGUUAUUAGACGCAAGCUGUUACUGUAAACUAAGCUAUGACCCUACUCUUAAAUUUCAGACACAGCUCAAGAUUCUGUUGGAGGAAGCAUGCACCCAUGGAUGGAUAUCGGAGACUUUAUACUAUGGAUUAUACGUUGAGCAUCCGCAAUGGCCUAUAGUUCAAACUGACACGGAACUCACGGGCAUUAACCGUAAACGGAUACGUUUUGGACACAGAAGGCAUAGGAAUAUAAAAGAACUUCUGUCACCGGCGGACCCGGUAAGCAAAUACAAAUCAUUGAUGGUUACAGGCAAAGUGGGUGUUUACAGAUGUGGUGGUUGCGUUAUGUGCAGCUCCUUGAUCACAGGAGAUAAAUUCUUUCAUCCACACACUGGCAAAUCAUAUGAGAUUAAGCAGAGAUUGACCUGCAUUUCACAGAACGUGAUUUAUAUAAUUAAAUGCCCGUGCGGUUUAUUAUACUGUGGCAAAACUCGUAGGCAACUGAGGGAGCGCAUCAGCAUGCACCGGGCAACCAUCAGGGCCGCACUCGAUCCUAAACCUAGGAAAGAUACCAAGCAGGAUAUAUCGAAACAACCUGUGGCUCAACAUUGGUUGAUGGCUAAACAUCCUGCUUCUGCAUUUAAAUGCAUGCCUAUUGAUUGUAUUGCAGAUCUACCAAGGGGAGGCAAUAUAGACCAAGCUUUGUUACAGAGAGAAGCAUUCUGGACAUAUAAACUGAACUGUGUUCAUCCGAAGGGUCUAAAUACCUCAUUAUCGUUGAGCUGUUACCUGUGAAUGAAUGAGCCCCCCGUAUAGUCAGUAUUUUUGGGCUAUUUUGUAAUAUAUUAUUUCCCUUUUCAAGUAAUGUGGCCUGAUUUUCCAUGUAUUUAGGACUGAUUCUGACUGUCUCUUUUUUUGCCUCGGACUUAGAUUAGAGCCCCCACAAGUAAACGAAUAGAAUGGGAAUAGUUCCCACGAUCUUUUCUUCUUUAUUUGAUUGUAUGAAUAGUAUUUAACUUUAACGGUGCUCAUAUACUG